UGUCACUCUCAAGCUGAAGGUGGCGUCACCGCUUUACCUUCCUCGGCCUCUCACUCGCACUCAGAGACGAAGCAGCCAUGUCUCUCCUCCCAUCGCCUCCUCCUUCCCUUCGCACCGUUCCGGCCACCUCCGCCGCCUCCUCCACCGUUGCCCUCCGCCCCGUCGUCAUUCUUCCGGGGCUGGGGAACAACACCGGGGACUACAAGGAUAUGGCCAUGACGCUGAGAGAAGGGUACGGCAUCCCCUCCGUGGUCGCCAGGGUCUCGCGCGUCGACUGGCUUCGCCAUGCCGCCGCACUGCUCAGCCCCGGCUUCUGGAGGGGCAGUCUCCACCCUCGGCCCCUAAUCGAUUGGUAUCUUGAAAGAGUCGCCGAGGCUGUUGCAGAGGCUAAGCUUCAUUUGGAAGAUGGUGGGAGCAUAUCGCUUGUAGGUCACUCGGCAGGAGGAUGGCUUGCACGUGUAUACAUGGAAGAAUUUAGGAUGUCGAGAAUCUCUUUACUGCUAACUCUUGGAUCCCCUCACUUGCCACCACCAAAGGGUUUGCCAGGAGUAAUUGAUCAAACCAGAGGCUUGCUGGAUUAUAUUGAGAAAAAUUGUGCACCAGCUGUUUAUACACCAGAAUUGAAAUACAUAUGUAUCGCUGGAAGGUAUAUCCAAGGAGCUCCUUUGUUUGGGAAUUCGAACGACCCUUCUUAUGAUCCGAUGCUUGUCGGUGAGGAGCUGAACAAGAUCAAGUUGCCUGCAAAAUACAGCAAUGACAAGUCCCUCUCAUCUGCACCCAGCUUACAUGCUCGCUUCGUAGGUCAAAGUUACAAGCAGGUGUGCGGGCAAGCAGAUGUUUGGGGAGACGGUGUUGUUCCGGAAGUGUCUGCUCAUCUUGAAGGUGCACUGAAUAUAAGCUUGGAUGGUGUUUAUCAUUCUCCAGUUGGUUCUGAUGGGACAAUAAGACCAUGGUUUGGUUCUGCAUCUGUGCUCAAGAAAUGGGUCCAUCACCUUUUGACGUGAUGACAGGAAAAAGAAAUUGUGUGUGCAGAUUUCUAUCGAUAGCAAUGUUCAUCAGCAGUUGAACGACCAUCGGAAACAAAAAUGCCUUCCUACAAAUUCUGUGGAUUGAGUGGUGACGUUUGACCAGAAUCAAUAUGUGAACCUGAGUUUUCAAUAGUAAGAUGGAUUCCUCAACUAGUAGGG